UUUAUUCAGAUGGACAGAUACAUGCUUAUUAUAAACUUGUAUCAUCCUGAAUUUCUGGCUUUCCAGCCAAAUAUACAGAGACCUUGUUAUGUUUUAAGAUGACAUAUUGCUAUUAUUCAGCAGUUGAUAUUCUUCAGCAACUUGAGUGUGAAGAAAUUUGCAGGAUCAUAGUCCUCUUUUGAGCUACACACAGCUCAUGACUGGGAAGAAAGGCUAUGUAUGUGCCCAAGGCCAUCCCAGUCCUCUAGGCUGUGCUGAUUAAAGGGAUCCAUGCUAACCAUGACAGUGAGCCUUUCGCAGAGCACAUUCCCUGACUAUUCUGGAAUUCAUUUCUAAACUCCAAACCAAACUAGGACAUUACAAAGAAAUUAUAUUCCACAAAAUAUCACAAGAACCAAAAUAGGAAUUGAUCCAUUGAUCCAUACACGUGUACCCUUCUUCACAUUCAAGGUUGUGUCAGGGGCACCUACCUGCCUGAGUCAUUCUGGCUCAUGUAUUUCUGCAUUGCUCCACGUCACAGGGUACAGGUUGCUCUUAGCCUCUUCACAUAAGAUAGGUUCUCCAAAUCCCUGAUCAUGACAGAAACCUUCUUUUCACUUGUUGGCUUAAUCUUUUUUGAACAUGGGUGACUAGAAUGAAAUACUGUAUUUCAGGUGACUUUUCACCACUAUUUCAAUGUAAUGGCAUUUAUAUUUCUCUAUCUCUUAAUGAUCUCACCUGACUAACAUAAGUUAUUUCGAUGCUCUGGUGUGUUUUUACAAAUUUUACUUAAUCAGUGGAAAGGCAGAUAUCAAACACACCUGGCUUUGACUAAAACAGAAGAACUCUAUUUCAUGGGCAAACUUGAGCUCCCUUGUAUCUUGCUUAGGCUUGCAUGUGUCAGCAGUUGAAGCUCAAGCUAGCUUUUAUACCUGCAGAUUAUUACAGCUGAGGAAAAUAUCCCACCAGAUUUCAGAUGAGUCUUUUUAGGUUUUCCAGACAUUCAGGUUUAAUGGGAAAAAUAUAUUAGCAAUAAAAAAAAUCAAAAGCAUUUCCUCUUGUCUGCAGAAAAUACAAAAAUGCCCCAAGCACUAUAUGCUGUGACACGUCAACCAUAUAUAGCAUCUUCCAAUGGGAAUGGCUUCCUAUCACGCAUAGGAAAAAGCUCAUCUUCUUUAACACAUUUCCUUAGUGACUCUCUUAAAAAGUCAGCUCCAGUUGCUAUACAUACUCCAACACUUUACCAAGCAGAAGGAAAGGAAUCAAGAGGGAAUAAAUAAAGCUGAAGCAUGAACAAGACAGAAUUCAUCAGUGUUGCAGGAUUUGCCAUAUCAUUGCUGUUCCACAUGACCCAAACUGAAGUCUGUCCUUCAUCCUGCAAUUGUAAGUCACUGGGUGAAAUGAAGGGCUUGCACAUAGACUGCAGUUCAAGGAAGCUAACAGAAGUGCCUGCCUUGCCUGUUAACACCAAGAGGCUUUAUCUACAGAACAACAGCCUGACCUCAGUUCCUCCCGGUGCCCUGGACAGCUUGCGCAGCCUGGAGGAAGUGAAAAUAUUUGACAAUCCUUGGAACUGUGACUGUCAUAUUCUGUAUCUAAAACUCUGGUUAGAAGAUGUCUCUGCACCCUCUCUUGCAAACAUCAGAUGUGCAACCCCAGCACCCUUGAAGAAGAAGCCCUUGAGCCAGCUGACUGGGAAUGAGCUGGGGAUUUGUAAGAGGCUUCUCCCAAUCAAGUGUCUUGAGUUCUUCUGGCGAGACCUCAUUUUAAUUGCUGGAGCAAUAACUACACUUAUUUUAGUAGCAUGGGCUCUGAAAUUCUCAAAAAAGCUGGUCUGCCAAAUAAACCUAAGCCAAUAUGACUCUAGGGGCUGACCGCUGGGGAGGCAUACCUCCAAAAACCACAAGAUACAAUGAGCUGUUCACUACCACUAGCUUGAACAGAAACUAGCUUGAACAGAACUAUUCUACCACAAAAAAGCACAUGCACUGACAACACUAGUUUUAAUGGUGAACAUGCUACAAACAGAUCCCAGGGCUCAAGGUCUGGGUCUUCAGACUUCUAAAUUUUUUUAAAUCAUUUAACUUAGCAUUUUUCCACUGAAUUCUCAGCUCUUAUAGCACGAAGAUUUACAUCCCCAAAUCCUACACUUUUUAAUAGAUGGAGAUGAACACUGAUUGUACUAUUUUAGCUAUUCUUUUCUCACUCAGAAGCUGUGUGUGAGUUUGUAACCUGUUACCCCCUCACAGUGUCCCAACGGUAGGACCAUUCUUGGGUGCAAACAAAUUCAGCCAUCUCUUCCUCAGGUGCAGGAGUUUCCUGCCAGCAAAACCACUAUGAUUAUAUAGGCCAGCCACUGAAUGUAUCCCUUAUUGAAUAUGUUUAAAGAUGGACUGGUAAUGAGAAUAUAAUCAGUAAAAAUAAUUUUAAAUAUUGUUGAAUUUCCUAGAGAGUGAACAAUAAAAAAGCAUUCUAUGUGAAACUGAAAUAAUGGAUGCUUAUUGAACAUUCAUACUCACCCAAGUUUAAUCUCUUUCACAAUUCUACACAUUUCCCAUUAAAAUCCUAAGAAAUUUCCAGAACUUGUCUUUCAGUUUUACUACUGACGUUUGAUACACUGGAUUUUAUGCAACAGCUUUGAAGAGGAUGUACUCUCUUCCCUUCUCUUCUAGUGCCCCCCAUCCUCAUAGAAAUAUUGUUGUAGUGACUCAAGCAUAUUGUUUUCCCCUUAACCUGAUUAUUCACAAGACUCCAAGAACAGCAAUUCAUGCUGUGACCCCAUCUGGUCUGGUGAAGUUAGGCUAGUUAGAUGGGAGAUCUCUGAAGGUCUUCUAAAAUUAAUACUACUGUUGGCAGUUCAAUUUAAGACGCAUUUUGCAAAUGCUCCUCCUAGCCCCAAACCUGAGCUAGGUAUAAGAGGUAUGCUGAAGACACUAGAGACUGCUUGGCUCUUUACCUAGCACCUUGUCACAUGAGAGGUGUUCCUUAUUAAAGCACAUAAUAUCCCUAGCAAACCUGGUGGUUAGCUUUCGUCUGACAGGUGGUUUUGCGAUUACCAUGUGCUGUCACUUCUAUAAGAUGAGACUCAUUCCUAGCCACAAACACCCAAAUCAAAGACAGCAGUUCACAGGGAUAUUUCCAGGUCCCUCUUGCCCCUGCCAAACCACUUCAGCAAUAUGGAGUCAAACUGUCAAUGCUGACAGCUGGUGACAUUCUCAGACAGUUUUAGAAGAGACAUGUUACUGUCUGUAACGUAUCUUCACUGCUGGUCCUCUCUCUCCUGCACUAGCAGGGAAAGGCCAAUCUGAGACAUCACCACUUGUCAACCUAAAUUGAUUCCAAUUCAGGAUGAGUCACUUGCCCCUCUCUGUGACACAAGGAAUGGCCACUGAGUACGGUGGAACUGCUGAAAGAACCUCUGAAGUGCAGAUAGAUUUGGGGAAAGGACACACACCAUGGGUAGAGGGUUACACAAUUUAGUAAUGAAGUAUAGCAUGGGGCUUUAGACUGAGAAAAGGAAAGGGACAGUCAGAUGUUUUCCCUGUAAAAUAAUUAAUGAUCUGGGAGACAACAUGCCCAUUGCAAUUCUGAAGUCUGCAAAUGAUACACAGUGGGGAAGAAGAGGGAAGUCAUAAACAUGAAGAAUGGUAAGUUAUGUGGAGUGCCAAGCAAUCGAAAGCAAGAUUGUACAUCUAGAAACAAAAGAUGGGUUGAGGACUCAGUUCAGAGAAGGCAAAUAAUCUGGUAAUCAUGAUCUCCCAUAUAUGACAUUGCAGCAAAGGGCUAAUGUGAUCUUUUCUUGUUAAAAUAGGGAAUAUCAUCUAGGGAUAGAAAGACUUAUGUACUUCCAUGUUUAGAUAAGCUACAAUGGUUCAGUAUCAAUGUCUACAAAUCAAGAAGAAUCAGCUGCAGAAGAAUCAGAAAAACAACUGUAAUGCAAAUAAAGGAUUGGAAAAUACAUCUUCAAAGGAGCUUAAUCAAUUUCAUUUAAUAAAGAGGAAUUUAAGGAAUGACAAAAUCACAGCUUGUAUGAAUCGACAUGAAAAGAAAUUUGUCAACAAAGGGCUGGGAGUAGAAAUUGGAACAUCAGACUAGAAACAGGGCUCAAAAUCUAACAAUGAAAAAUAAACACUGGAACAGGUCAUCAGAUGUCAUGGUGAAUCCUAUAGCCUAACCCACAUUGGGCAUUUUUUCAAAUUGGUAGGCACUACCUGAAACGAGAAUGAUUUUAACAGAAUUGUGUGAGACACCUAAAACAUUACAGCUAUUCUUAUUGCUUUGGUCACCUGCAAAAUUUAUGGUGGGACAGGCCAUGAAAAGAAAGACCACAAUGGCAAUGCGUCACAGGGACAUCCUUAGUGAGCACUGGCAACAUCUCUGAGGAACUCAGGCUGUGCUGGCUGAGUCAGCCUCCCACACUACACAGCAGCAGUAAUAUUCCACUCUCUCUUCUCCAACUGUAUAUUGCACUCUUCACCAUGAGUACUCAAAGUACAGCAAAGAAUUUGCUUUUUACAAAGUGUUGCAUCCCUGCCACAGGAAGUGAACCAUAUAACCUAGAAACAGCACAGCUUAGUAAGGCUGUAUCACCCUCCGGGGCAGACCAGAGUAAAAUUGUGUCGUCAGAUUUAUGUGUACAUUUUGAUCGGGUGAGCACAAACAUUCAGAAUUUCUCUAGCUUUAUUUAAUGUUUUUCUACAUAAAUAACCUCUGCAGGACAGAAUUUCAAAUAAACACAUAGGAACAUAGUGGUGUACGCACUUAGAUAAUUCCAGAAUAUUUUCUCCACACUGAGCUUUUCAAUUUUUUAAAAGGCAGCCACCAUUUUGUAUUAAUGCAGAAUAUUACAGAAGAAAUGUACUCUGCAGUCUCUCAUGGAGAGUUUCCUAAAUUAUAUUUCUUGUUUCCCCAAAAUAAAUUAAAUCACUAACACUAAAAGCUUAUCACUCUCUUUUGUGCCUGUAAAGCUAGAUAUGCAUAAAAUUGCUUUACUGUAUAGCUUUAAUUAUACAAACAUAAAAAACUGAGCAAUUAGCAAACAUUUCUGCUUUUACCAGCCAACACAUUAAAUAAGAUGCACAGAAUACAGAAAAAAAAAAAAAAAAAAAUUUGAGAGAACAUGUUUUCUGACCU